CCUUUCUAAAGUUGAUGAUCGUUCCAACUUCCACAACAAAUCUAGACAUCCGUGGAGUAGGACGUUAUAACGCAACAGUAAACCCAUGUGAUUUCAAUAAUUUUAUCGGCAUCGGUUAUCAAGUUGCGAAUUCAUUAUGUUGUUACCACUAUCCGUUUGUUUUUGUUUAUUUAUGGUUAUUAAUUGUGAGCGCAAUCCUCAAGUAAAAAUAAUAGAUGGGAAGUUAGAGGGGAAAAUUUUGAAAACUAAAGAAGGCAGAGAUUUUUAUGCUUUUCAAGGGAUACCAUUUGCAGAACCCCCACUUGGGAAACUAAGGUUCAAGUCCCCUAUACCAAACCAACCAUGGAAAGGUGUUUUGAAUGCCAAGGAACCUCACGUAGUAUGUCCUCAAAGAGAUACUUACAGACGUGUAGACUUGAUGGAAGGAGAAGAAGACUGUCUUUAUUUGAAUGUUUAUACUCCAAACUUACCCUCUGAAAAUGCCUCUCCUUUACCAGUUAUGGUAUUUUUCCAUGGUGGGGGAUUCCACUGUGGAGGAGGAAACUACUAUUGGUACGGUCCUGAGGUAUUGCUUGACAGAGAUGUCGUUUUGGUAGUAGUAAAUUAUAGAUUGGGUGUACUGGGAUUCUUAAGCACCGGAGAUGAGGUAUCACCAGGUAACUACGGUCUGAAGGAUCAAUCCUUGGCUCUGAAAUGGAUCAGCAGAAAUAUCAAACACUUCAAUGGAGAUCCCAACAGCGUAACACUUUUUGGAGAAUCUGCAGGAGGAGCUAGUGGCAAUUAUCAUAUGCUUUCUCCCAUGAGUAAAGGUCUUUUCAAAGGAGUAAUUUCACAGAGUGGCACAGCAUUUUGCGUGUGGGCUCAUGCCCCAAAAGGUGAAAAUGUAAUGAAUGCUAAGAAACUGGGCAAAAUUGUAGGAUGCCCUACAACCUCCAGUAAAGAAUUGGUAGAAUGUCUGAGGGAAAUCGAUCCAAUGGUUUUCGUGAAACAUGACAGAGAUUUCUUCGACUGGGAUUUCGAUCCCAUGAUCCCUUUCAAACCAGUAGUUGAACCCCCAUCCAAAGAAGCAUUCCUGACAGAUACCCCAGCAAAUCUGUUCAAAGCUGGAAAGUUUCAAGAUGUUCCAUGGAUAGUUGGAGUAAAUAAGGAAGAUGGUCUUCUAAGAUCCGCAGCGUACAUUGGAGUUCCAAAACUGUUCGAAGAAUUGGAGGAGGAUUUCAACAACAAAGCGGCUAUAUCUUUGAUGUAUAAACCUUUUGCGGAAAAUCCGGAACUUGUGAGCGAAAAAGUGAGAAAAUUCUAUUUCGGAGAUAGGAAGGGCUUGAACUUCGAUAAUUCCAUCGCUGAUCUUACUGACAUGUACACUGAUGGAUGGUUCACGAAAUGUAUAGAUGAUGCUGUUAGGAUUCAUUUGAAGGUAUCGAAACAACCAGUUUAUAAUUACCUGUUCGCACACAAAAGUGGAGCAAGUUUCAGUGAAAUAUUUGGUGCUCCAGGAGCAGUUCAUGGGGUCUGUCACGCUGAUGAAUUGCAAUACCUAUUCCCUAUAGCUGAUGGGUUGUUUCCUCACAAAAAUAUUACAGAUGAAGACAGAAGGGUAACGAAGAUAUUAACUACGAUGUGGGCAAACUUCGCGAAAACAGGAAAUCCCACCCCUGAAAUUGAUGAGUUAAUAAGCACGAAAUGGACCCCGAUAAAAUCGGAGAAAUUGGAAUAUCUAUACAUAGACGGACAAACUUUGAAGAUGGAAGAUGCUCUGUUCGAGAAAAGAGUGGAAUUUUGGAGGAGUCUGCCCCUAGAACCUAAGAAAGAAGGUAUAAAGGAAGAACUGUGAAUUUUAAAAAUGGCUUUGAAGCAUUUUUUGGAGGUUUAAUUGCAUUUCGAAUACUCGAAUGCUUGAAUUUUUGAUAUUGAGAAAAAAUUUAUGAACAGAUGAUUCAAAAUAAAAAUAAGAAUCUUUUGGAA